AUGAGGCUCACACUCUCCGUGAUUCUGGCGAUACUGACCCGAUCGGCGGAUGGCCGGUACGUCAAGGGAAUCUUCAACCCGAUAUCAGACAGCUCGGACAGAAGCAGUGGUACGUUGUCCUCAGCCCAGGAUCUCGCGACGGUGACCGUGACAUGUGAGCCAACCUAUGGGUUCUUGCCGUGCACGACCGAGCUGUGGGGCGAGCUGUUCCUCAUCGCGGUGUACGAGUGCUUGCUCGCCCUCGCCGGCAAGUACGUGUCUUCAGGGUCGGAGCUCUUCUUCCGCAUGUUUGGGACUGGGAUCUUCGGUGCCUUUCUGUUCCAAAUGCUCGGAACCUUCCCUCAAGUCAUCAUAAUGCUUGCUAGCGCAAUAACAUUAAGCUCGGACACGAUUGAGUCGAUGGCGGCGAUGGCCAUGGCCAUGCUCGCAGGAUCGGCGAUCUUCAGUCUCUCGAUAGUUUGGGGUUCCAUUGUUGCUUUUGGCAGUUGCGAUUUUUCAAGCUCUUCGUCUUCUUCGUCCGAUCAAGAACCCACCAGAAAGCCAUUCCGUCUAACGGGUUCAGGCGUCGAAACCGACCUGGAGACUAAACAUGUCGCCAGGAUCAUGUUCGUUUCCAUGAUUCCAUUUCUCGUUCUUCAAGCGGCGAAGAUCGUUAAUUCUGCAGUGGGGAGACGAAUAGUGGUUCUGGUCAGUCUCGCGAUUACGGUGGUGUUCCUCGUCACGUAUUGCACUUAUCAGGUAUUUAAGCCAUGGAUUCAGAAGAAGAGACUCGAAUAUCUAGUGCGAUUAUAUGAAGGAGAGAGCCUACUACAGAGCCUUCUUACUGUCCACGGCAAGCCAAACAUACUUCGUAUAAAAGACCUCUUUCAAAAGAUGGAUCAGAACAAGGAUUCACAGGUACUAAAAACCGAACUGUACGCAUUCAUGCUGGGGAUACAGAUCGAAGAAGCCGGUUUGAGCACCGACGACUAUACCGACACCUUAAUGAAGCUGUUCAACUUCUCAAUUGAGGAGUCCAUAAGCGAAUCCGAAUUCGUGCAAGGAAUUUGCAAAUGGCUGGAAGAGGACCUACUCCCGAUAAACAGUCUUGCUCAAGCUCGAUCCUCAGAUUCUUCUAGGGUUUCGUCGAUAAAUGAAUCAUCUUCAACACCAGAGCAAGAGAGCUUGUUAUUGUCCCAGUACAAGACAAGCAAGUACACGGGCCGAUCUGCUGUGUGGUGGAACUACGCAAAAGCUGGUUUCCUGAUAAUCCUAGGAUCCGGCAUAAUGGUGCUGCUCGCAGAGCCCCUCGGGGACAGCUUCGAAGAAUUCGGGCGUGCCGCGGGGAUUCACCCGUUCUUCAUCUCCUAUGUGUUGAUUCCCUUGGCCAUGAGCUACCAGCAAGGACUCGCAGCCGUUAGUUCGGCGAAGAAGAAGACCACGAAAGACAUUUCCGGGGCGCUAACUGAGGUUUACAACGGGGUAUUCAUGAACAACGUAAUGGGAUUAGCCACGUUCUUGGCCCUCGUAUGCAUCAAGGACAUGGCGUGGGACGUCUCGGCCGAAGCCCUGGUCGUGUUCCUGAUCUGCAGUUUGAUGGGGGUCAUCACAAGCUGCUGCACCAAGUUUCAGUUCUGGACCUGUAUUCUUGCAUAUGCUCUCUACCCGUUAUCUCUUCUGCUUCUUUACAUUCUCACGAGUGUUUUAGGCUGGUAUUAGGACCCCAGUCCGCCACGCCGCGAAGCGAUAUAUGGCAAGAAC